CAGCACUCUCGCGACCCUGUAACCACCACUGUCACCACACAACUGUAUUCGUGGGGGGAAAAAAGGAGGACGGCGGGGCAUCGCGCCAAGCAUACGCGGCAACCAACAACCAACCACCGCAUUGGGUCUCCUCUACACAGUGAAGAUUUUUGUGUCCACGUCCUGACAUGAAGCUCAAUUUACUUGCUACCACGGUGAUUCUGCUCGUUGCCUUCCUCCCGCGCCGCGAAUGUCGGGCUAUUGAGAGCCCCGCUGGAGCCCCGCGCCUCCCGGCUGCGCAAAGCCCGAACGUCCAGCAAUUGGAGCAGCAACAACAGCAACACAGGUCGCCCUCGGGUCCCAUCCUGGAGCGCCUCGGGGAGGAGUACUUCAUCCGGCUGGGCAACGGCGACUCAAACUCUUUCCCCCCUUCGUCCAUGUACCCCCUGGCAGCCGGUGGGCUCUUGAACCGGGCGCUGCAGCUCCAGUUGACUCGGCGGAUUUUGCAAGGCAAAGUGGGCAACGUUCGAGGCGGCUUCAAGAAUGGCGACGAGGGGGACUCGGUGGAGCGGGGACGCCGGUCCGAGGACCCGCCCAUAUCCCUGGACCUCACCUUCCACCUGCUGCGGGAGAUGAUGGAGAUGUCCAAGGCGGAGCAGCUGGCCCAGCAAGCCCAGAACAACAGAAGAAUGAUGGAGCUCUUCGGGAAGUGAAGACCAAAGACCCUUAAAUUCACACUUAAAAAACUGUAUUUCUUUAUUUAUUGCUGCUUUUAUCUCGCUAUGAUUUACAGCUCAAACUGGAUGUUAAAAUGAUGUGGAAAAAAAAACUUUGUAUCCCAGAAAAAAAGUUGCUUUUUAUGUACAUAUGACAUUUUUGUUUGUUAAUAAACUGAUGUGCAAGCAGUCAUGUGCAGGAGAAUAUCGUGUGUAUAGACAUAUAUUUUCUAAUAAUAAAAAAAAAAAAACAACUACACUCAAAGAACGGUUUUACAUUUCUCUGUGGAAAUCUGUACAUGCUAUUGUAACAAUCCCCUUAAAAAGACUUAAAUGUUACUAAUAUUCUCAGAUAUUUGAUGGUAAAUAUGAUAAUCCAGUAAUAAAGUGAAGGUCAAGUCA